UCAAAACAAAUACAGCACUUUUGCGAUAACACAGCGAAAAUUUUCGAUUUUCGUUUAUUCCAGCAAAAACAACAUUUUUGAGAUUUGAUUUUUAUCAGCAAGCAAAGCUAAAGUGUUUCCGCGAUGAAUGUAACUCGUGCGGUCCAAUUAUACUUGGAGCAAAUGAUUUCCGACGCAGGUCCUGGAAUGAAAAUGCUUAUGAUGGAUCGAGAAACCACCAGCAUUGUGUCGAUGGCAUUUGCCCAGUCGGAAAUGCUUCAGAAGGAGGUAUACUUGUUCGAACGGAUUGAUUCCGGUAGAUCAAACGAACGGCUCAAGUAUUUGAAAUGCAUCGUUUUCAUUCGGCCAACCCGGGACAAUAUUCUGCGAUUGCAAAGCGAACUGAAAGGCCCAAAAUACGGAUCCUAUUACAUCAAUUUCAGUAACAUCAUUCCCCGAACAGACAUUAAGUCUCUGGCAGAGAGCGAUGAGAGUGAAUCGGUCCGUGAAGUCAAGGAAGUGUAUGCUGACUACCUACCGGUGAAUCCGAACCUUUUUUCCCUCAACAUUCCAACCUGUCUACAGGCACUAUCAUGGAAUCCGGACGCCCUGGUACGAUGCGCUCAAGGACUGAUCAGUGUUUUGCUGUCGUUCAAGUUUCGCCCAGCUAUUCGCUUCAAAUCUAGUUCCAGCGUGGCGCAGACUCUUGCCAAAAAAGUUCACGAAACCAUCAAUAAGGAAACUGCUCUGUUUAGCUUCCGGCCACCGGAGGACGGUGCUGCACCGCCGCUGCUUUUGAUUUUAGAUCGACGCGAUGAUCCCAUUACUCCGUUGCUCAAUCAGUGGACUUAUCAGGCCAUGGUCCAUGAGCUGCUGACUAUCAACAAACAGCGAGUUGAUCUUUCCGGGGUUCAAGGAGUUCCUAAAGAUUUGAAGGAGAUAGUGCUUUCCUCGGAGCAGGACGAGUUCUUCGCCAAUAAUUUGUACUCCAAUUUUGGUGAAAUUGCAACUACUAUCAAAGGGUUGAUGGACGAAUUCCAGAAGAAAGCCAACGAUCAGAAGAAAAUCGAGAGUAUCAACGAUAUGAAAAAUUUCGUCGAAACCUACCCACAGUUUAAAAAGAUGUCUGGAACGGUAAACAAACAUCUGGUGCUUAUCAGUGAACUAUCAUUACAGGUCAGCAAACAACAGUUGUUUGAAAUUUCCGAGCUGGAACAAGAGAUUGCCUGUCGCGCAGAUCAUGCAACGCAGUUACAGCGAGUGAAGAAAUGUGUUUCCGACGAGAAAACAAGUCUGCAUAAUGCCCUCCGCUUGAUCAUGCUGUACUCGAUGCGAUAUGAGCGGCAUGCAAAUUGUGACACAUCGGGACUGCUGAAAAUCCUACAGGAUCGCGGAGGACGUGCGUAUGUCGUUCCGAAAAUGUUGGAAUACAUCAGUCCCAGUGCUCGCCAGGAACUGUUUAACUUGGUUAAAAUAACGGAUGCCGUAAAACUGACGCGCAACCUGAUCAAGGGGCUUAAGGGAGUCGAAAAUGUGUACACACAGCACAACUGUGUGCUCAAGGAAACUUUAGAAGAAGUGAUCAAGGGCCGUCCUCUGGAUUCGGCCUAUCCCAUAAUGGGCAAUGAGGUGCCCUACCGCAGACCUCCCCAGGAGGUGAUAGUGUUUGUGAUCGGAGGAACGACUUACGAAGAAGCCUUAGCCGUCCAUCGGUACAAUCAGGAAGGGUACAAAGUUGUUUUGGGUGGUACUACAGUGCAUAAUUCGGGUAGCUUUAUCGACGAAAUUUUGGCCGCCACGGCUGGCGUUCCUUUCAAACACUCGAGAUCCUUACAUCAAUUCCAUCAUGCUCCGCCAGGGGAUGCAUAAGAAGAAUGCUCCUAAAUGACAACAGCUUGCUUCGUAAGAAGGACGUUUGCGGAAUCGGAAAUAUGACAAAAUAUUCCAGCAUUAGCUAUUACUGUAUUACUUAUUUAUUAUGUUAUCGCGAAACGUAUUACAACUAUAAUAAAAUGCUGUAUCCAA